CUGGCUUCAACUUUACACGUUCAACCCCGUGGUUCGUUUGCCCAUCAGCACCGCACCUCUCAGCACCCGCCUCAAUACCUUGAACAUAUUGGUUUGCUCAUGGCAUCACUGGCAUUUUUCGACGGGUGUGUUGGGCCUUGAACUGUACGGCCCCAACGCCGGCGCGGCGGUGCGUGGUUGAGCCCUGCCACCCCGCACCGCAUCCAUUCAGAAGAACCAAAUAGCGUUGGCCAUCGACCUUGCACAAUGAGUUCAUCAGCACCAGAACUUUUUCAGCUACUGAGUAGUUAUGAAGCUGAUGCUGCUCAAGCCGAGGCGCUCUUUUCCCGUGGCGCUCCCCUGGUUCAGCGAGAGGCCGCAACAAACGAGCUGAUUCAGGGCAUCCAAGACCGCUGCGUCAUUGCUGCCCACAAUGCUACCAAAAUAGCCAUGUGCUUUGGCUCAGACCCUAUUCGCCUGGAUGCCGCGCGUGCCUGCAUCGAGUCGCUCCAGGGCUCCGUGCUCGAUUUGGGGAAUCAUACUUUGAAGCUUUCGCCACUCUAUGGCAAAUGCCUCUCAGAAGACGUGCUCGGUCGUGUGCGGCGUAUCCUUAUUGCCAAUCAUGAAUUGGCCGUCAGUCUUGUGGAAGGCCGGGGCGAGGCUGGUGCACCCACUUACACGCAAGGCGUAGCCAAAAUUGUGCAAGCGGCAGAGCACGUGAGUGCAGCCCCUUGGAGUUUGAUGGCUGCCCUACAACUCCGUGUUGCCGAGCGUGAGGCUCUUGUCUUGGACGCAUGUGAAGAGUUUGCCGAGGGUAUUGCUGAUGCUGAGGACAAUCUGGAGGACGAUGACGCCGGACAGAAUGACUUGCCUGAUGCCGACGACUUGAUGGGCAAUAUGCCGACGUUUGGCGCGGAGGAGCUUCCCUUGGCUAAGGCAGCUCUCGGACUCCUCAGAGCUGUACACAAAGCUUUCCACAAGAUUCGCAUUGAUAUCGGACGUUGGGAUGAGGCCGCUUCUCUGCCCGUUGAAAAGAACUUGCUCGACGGCGUCAUGGAUGUUCAAUCGCGUGUGGAUGCCUUUGUUGAGGAGCUCUAUGGUGACGACAUGGCCAAUGUCGGCGAACUUGCCAAAUCUCUUACAUCUGCCGUUUUUGGUCUCUUACGCGAGCCUUCGGACAUGGCUGCUGGUGAGCCUUUGCCCGACUUGAGCAGCCUCAGUCUCGAAGGAGCCCCACCCUCGCUGGCUGACGACUGGCGUUUGUUCUUUCGUCACGCCUUGCGCCACAACUUGCAAAAGUUGUUGGCCUUGGUUGAUACUGUGGGUCACUAAUUUUUUUUUUUUUUCUUGUGUGUGUGUGUGUGUGUGUAUUGGCGCUGAGCGCCCCAUCACCACCCAAGUCGUGAUGUACACAUGAUUCCCUGCGGCUCGAGCCCAGGUUGAGUCGUUGAUC